CAGGCGGCGCCAUCGGGCCUCGGCGUCAUCGGAGGCAGCGUCGAUAAAUAAGCCGUAGAAGAAGACGCGAAGGCGGCACUGAGGAGAUCCGAAAAAUGUCUGCGCCCAAAAGCGUCCCCAAAGAUGCCCAGGUGAUGAUGCAGAUCCUGAAGGACAUGGGGGUCUCCGAGUACGAGCCCCGCGUCAUCAACCAGAUGUUGGAGUUCACCUACAGGUACGUGACGACCAUUAUUGAGGACGCCAAGAUUUACGCCACACACGCCAAGAAGUCCAACGUGGACGCAGACGACAUCAAGCUGGCCAUCCAGUGCCGGAUGGACCAGUCUUUCACGUCGCCGCCGCCUCGAGAUUUCCUGCUGGAAGUGGCCAGGCAGAAGAACCAGACUCCGCUCCCUCUCAUCAAACCCUACACCGGGCCCAGACUGCCCCCGGACCGCUACUGUCUGACCGCCCCCAACUACCGACUCAAGUUCCUCCCCAAGAAGGUGACGCCGUCGGCCGGGAGGAUCUCAGCACCUCGACUGAGCGUCGGCGCCAUCGCCAGCAGACCGACCACGCCCACGCUCGGUCUAGGUGGAGCACCAAAGGGCUUGCUGGAGCGCACAGACCGGACCGUCUACACAGGAAACGCCACCGUUCAGUCGGUCGGCGCCAAGGUCGGACCCCCGGUGUCGCUGACGGGUCAGAGGUUCACCGUGCAGAUCCCCCCUCCCUCACAGAGCAGCGCCAGCAAAAGCACCGCACUCACAACGCCCGCCACCUCCAACGUGCUCAUCAACCCGUCUCUGAUUGGCUCCAAGAACAUCCUCAUCACCACCAACAUGGCGGCACAGAACGCCGGCGUGGAGACGCUGAAGAGGAAGCACGAAGACGACGACGACUGACGGUUUGUGACCCUCCCCCACACCCACCAAAUGAGAAUCCACUUGCUGUCGGCAGCACACGAGCACGCUUGUUAAUUUCACCUUUAAUCAUAAAAACAAAGUGAAAUAAAAAAAAAACAAUGAAAUGAUUACAA